CCUCGGUGCUGACGGGAGCUGGCGGCUUGGGGGCUCGCCUUCUUCCCCGCUACUCUCGCACUGACCAGCGGCUAAUGGGGUGCAGCCGGCCUGGAAUGGGGAUUAUCCCGGGUUGAGCCGUCCCGAACCUAUUAGUGCUCAAUCGGCUUUUCCCAAAUCCUGUAAACAGCCACCCUGGCCGGUUCUGGGCCUCGGGCCAGCGGCCAGGAGCUGCCUCCCCCAGCCCCCGUCCCGCGGCCCCUAGCCGCCCCCAACCCCGCCCCACGGGCCCGGCGCCAUGAGUGAGCUGGAGCAACUGAGACAGGAGGCCGAGCAGCUCCGGAACCAGAUCCGGGACGCCAGAAAAGCAUGCGGGGAUUCCACACUGACCCAGAUCACAGCUGGGCUGGACCCAGUGGGGCGAAUUCAGAUGAGAACACGGAGGACCCUCCGUGGACACCUGGCAAAAAUCUAUGCCAUGCACUGGGGGACAGACUCAAGGCUGCUGGUCAGCGCUUCCCAGGAUGGAAAGCUCAUCAUUUGGGACAGCUACACCACUAACAAGGUUCACGCCAUCCCUCUGCGCUCCUCCUGGGUCAUGACCUGUGCCUACGCCCCCUCAGGGAACUUUGUGGCCUGUGGGGGUUUGGACAACAUCUGCUCCAUCUAUAGUCUCAAGACCCGAGAGGGCAAUGUCAGGGUCAGCAGAGAGCUGCCUGGCCACACUGGGUACCUCUCAUGCUGCCGAUUCCUGGACGACAACCAAAUCAUCACCAGCUCUGGGGAUACCACCUGUGCCCUGUGGGACAUUGAGACAGGCCAGCAGACAGUGGGGUUUGCUGGACACAGUGGGGAUGUGAUGUCCCUGUCACUGGCCCCCGAUGGCCGCACCUUUGUGUCAGGUGCCUGUGACGCCUCCAUCAAGCUGUGGGAUGUUCGGGAUUCCAUGUGCCGACAGACAUUCAUAGGUCAUGAGUCGGACAUCAAUGCUGUGGCUUUCUUCCCCAACGGUUAUGCCUUCACCACGGGAUCAGAUGAUGCCACAUGUCGCCUGUUUGACUUGCGGGCCGAUCAAGAGCUGCUCAUGUAUUCCCACGACAACAUCAUCUGCGGCAUCACCUCGGUUGCCUUCUCACGCAGCGGCCGGCUGCUGCUCGCUGGCUACGAUGACUUCAACUGCAACAUCUGGGAUGCCAUGAAGGGUGACCGUGCAGGUGUCCUCGCUGGCCAUGACAACCGUGUGAGCUGCCUUGGAGUCACGGAUGAUGGGAUGGCUGUGGCUACAGGCUCCUGGGACUCCUUCCUCAAGAUCUGGAACUAACCUCCCCAAGCCCAGAUGGGCCCAGGCAGGGAGCCCUGCCCAUGCCCACACUACAGGCCCGGAGCUCUGGGGCUGGGUACACACGCCAAGCCUCCCUCCCUGGGCUACAGGGCCUCUGGUCCUGUUCCCAUACCCAGGUUUGGUUCCUCUCGGGGGCGGGGGGCCCCCACUGUGGAGAUAAAAGUCGGGGAUGGAAUGGGGGAAGAGGAAGGGCAGGAAAGCCCUCACCCUUUGCUGCCCUGGGGCCAGGGCCUCACCCCUCUGGAGGGCCAGAGGCAGGAGGUGGAAACUCCAGGGGCUGGCUUUUUUAACUGGUUUUAUUUUAAUUUUUAUUAUAUUUUCAGUUUUUCCAUAAAGGAACCACUUCCAACUCUG